ACAACUUCCUGUUUAACGGUUAGCGUAAAUUCAGUUUAACGGCAGAAAGUUGUAACGGAGCUUAUAAAAAGGUAUUUUAUUAGCUGCCCCCUUUAUAGCGGCACAAGUUUACAGACGGUGUUUUGUAGAGAACUGGAGAUGUUGCUGUGGGUCGUUCUUGUCCUGGAUUUGGGGGUUUCUGCCGUGACGUUACCAGAAAUCACGGAUGAGAAAUUCAUCGCCGAGUGUGUGGAGGAGCACAACAAAGCCCGCUCAGCUGUCAUACCACCUGCAAACAACAUGCUGUACAUGUCGUGGGAUGAGGCGUUGGCCAUAACCGCCAGAGCGUGGGCGAACCAUUGUAAUGACCGACACAAUGUCCACCUAAGGGAGGCUCAUAAAAUGCACCCCACGUUUGCCUCCGUGGGAGAGAACAUCUGGACGGGCCCACUGGAUAAGUUCAGUGUAAAGAGUGCCAUUCAAAAGUGGGUGGAUGAAGAAAACCAUUACAGCUACAAGGGAGACAGAUGCACAUCUGUCUGCAGCUACUACAGACAGGUUGUGUGGGCACAAAGCUACAAGAUUGGCUGCGCUGUUGUGCAUUGUCCACAAGGUAUCAAAAACUUUGACGGUCUUCAGGGUGCCAUUUUCGUAUGCAACUACGCCCCAGGUGGAGAUAUCGAUGGAAUUCAUCCUUAUGCAACUACUGGAAAUCCAUGUUCUGGAUGCCAAGGCGAAUGUGACAACAAAUUGUGUCGUAAUCUACAACGAGAGUCCAGAAAACGUUACAACUGGGCUCCAGGCUGGGACACUGCUACACCUAAAAGCAGCGCUGCACCUACCAACACUUUUCUGGAUAUCCUGAUCGUGCGGCCCAUCGGCGUCAUCUUGACGUGCAUUGCUGCAUACGUAGUUCAUUACUUUUACCCCAAUCUCUUCUGUUAUGAGUAGUAUUUUGGUCUGAUGGGAGACCCAGAUGGAUGUCGUCCCACAAUGACCUCCAAAUGUACYAGUGGAGUAUGCAAAUGAUAUUGCCAAGCAACACAAUUUUAGAGCACAUCUCUAUUAUCCCAACAACAUGUUACAACAUUAUAUUUGUGAUUUUUCUGUGGAUGACACUUGUACAGACAAAAUCUACCAUACAAUAGCACUUUGAAGUGUUUGACCUAAAUCUGAAUCCCCUUUAACUACCAGUGCUGCUACAUUCAGAUGUGACAAUCAGUUUGGUUCUGAACAUUGAAAGCUGCUGGUGGUGGUACAAUGGAGUGAGGAAUUUUCUUGGAAUACUGAUAAGAUAGCAACUGUAUGGCAAUAAAAAUCACAAUCUCAAAGGAA